AUGGAAGUUGACAAGUCGGUAAUCACCACUGAAGAGCCGCCGUACCGAACAGAAUUUGUUAACGGAAAAUUAUGGAGAGUCAGGUGGUUUGAUAAAACUGGAAGUAGUUCUCAUUUUGUUACUGGAACCUACAACGGUGGACAAAACGAAAUUGCUGUUUGGAAUGUCCGGAAGGGUGGUAAAUCUCGCGACAUUUUUGCAAGAAAAUGCUCUUUGUCUUUGGAGCCCAGUAUUCGAGACUUAAUGUAUGCAUUUUUUGCCGUUUCUGCGCUCUCGUUUUCUUGCUAUUUUAAAAUAACCAUUGGUAAGAAAAAUCUCGCUGUAGCUUUGAACGAUGGAUCUGUACUGGUAGCUGAGUGGAAAGGUGAUUGCAUUUCUUCUAAGUGGAAAUGUGAGUCUUCUAACGACCGUGUAUCAGCGAAUGCAGUUUGUGGAGAUCAAGAUGGAAUUUUUGUUGGUUACAGCAAUGGAACAAUUUCCUCACAUGAUUUUGCUUCUGGAACUUUAUCAGAAUGGGCUGUUACAGGGCUGUCAAGUGUUCAGUCAUUAUCGCUGAUGACACCUAAUGUCAUCGUUUCAGCUCACCUAAGUGGAGCAAUCUGUGUCUGGGAUACUAGGCUGAGGUCUGAAAUAGGUGGUGUACCUCAGCCAAAUUUUUCUUGCGUUGUGAGCCAGUUAUGCGAUGCUGUUACAGCUAUAGCAAAUCAUCCUGCGGAUCCGCAUAUGGUUGGCUAUGGUACCAGUUCUGGAAUGGUAGAACUGCUUGAUACUCGUUUAACCGAUAGUAUUGCAGAGUCAAAUCCUCUCCCCUUAGCAACUGGUCCUGUUUGGGAAGUAGGCUUUCAUCCAGUUUUUCCUCGGAAUUUUUAUGGUGCUUGGGAAGGUGGACAUUUAUUACAUUUUGAAACAGGUUUUAUCGCCAUGUCUGAUCUAGCCUCACAAAAUGAUCAGACGAGUAAUACGGAAAGCAAAAUGGCUCGGUUUUCUCGGCUUGGUGAUGCUCGAGUUAGAGAAAUAUUGCAGAUACCUGGCUCUAGUCAUCCGCGUAAUUUACUUCGAGUUGUUGGAAAGUUGGGAUGGGCCGGUGAAAUAGAAGGUGGGCAAGUGAUGUCGGAGUCUUGGAAGGUUAUUAUGAAGUUGGUACCGUGA